ACUUUUUUUUCUUACUUGUAGAAAACCAUCAAAUACAAAAAGGAUAGCCACUCCGAUUCAGUACUUGGUCUCGCUUGGAACAAGGAAUAUAGGAAUAUGCUUGCCAGUGCUAGUGCUGAUCAAUCAGUCAAGGUUUGGGAUGUGAAUACCAGAAGCUGUACUGUCACUAUGAACGACCAUACUGACAAGGUUCAAGCAGUUGCAUGGAAUCCAUUUGCAUCACAGAUUCUUCUGAGCGGGUCAUUCGAUCAUACAGUUUGCUUGAAGGAUGUGAGGUAUCCAUCUCACAGUGGAUAUAAGUUUCCAGUUUCCGCUGACGUUGAAAGCUUGGCUUGGGAUCCACAUUCUGAGCAUUCAUUUGUGGUCAGCUUGGAGAAUGGUACAGUUACUAGUUUUGAUAUCCGUGCUGCUAGUUCUGAUUCGAGUUCUGCGACAAAGCCAAGUUUCACCAUCCAUGCUCAUGAUAAAGCAGUGUCCUCGAUGUCCUUUAAUCCUCUAGUCCCAAAUCUUCUUGCAACUGGUUCCACGGACAAGAUGGUUAAACUUUGGGAUUUGAGCAACAAUCAACCUUCUUGUAUUGCAUCAAGGAAUCCAAAAGCCGGAGCUGUCUUCUCUGUUUCCUUCUCUGAUGAUUGUCCCUUUUUUCUUGCUAUUGGUGGUUCUAAAGGGAAGUUGCAGCUAUGGGAUGUUUCUUCAGAAGAUGCGGUGUUGAAGAAAUAUGGGAAAUAUGUCGCGCAAAAAGGGCAGUUGCCCAAAUCAUAAUGUAAAUGUAGUUUCUAAGUAUUGGUUUUGAGUUAUAUAGGGAAAAUAUUAGCUAAUCUGUCAAUUUUGAUUUGUGUUUUAGUAGGGUGGUUAUUGGUUCCCAUUAUUUAUCAUAUGAUCAUGGUAAAUUUUAUUGUUGCUUGCCUGGCCCAAGGGACAGAGGAAGUAAAGAGUUUGGUGGAAUCAAGAUAACAAAUCAUCUCCUCCUAUGUAUUGAAUUGAGAUAUAGAAUGGUUUGUUUGUUUUUUGAACAUAACCUACGCAAAAUCAAUGAACAUGUAGUGGGGACCGGGUUCCAAAACUUAGUAAAGAUUAAAAAAUGUCAAGUGAUUUCUUUCUAUUUGUUGUUAGGCAUUAUCUUGUACUUAGUGUUGGGGGAGGUAGCAGGUUUUCAAUGGUGUAAUAGUUGAGGUGUAGCUGUUCGGACACUAUCGUUAUCGGAAAAAGAAAGUUUACUGAAUA